ACCAUGCUUCUACGUACCAAUGUUGAAUACUGUUCGCCAUUUAUUGAUGUAGUUUGUUAUAUUGGAAAAAACGUAUCUCGAAAUUUUUUCAGUACUAUGUCACGGCGAUCCAGAUAUUUUGUAAAUGAAUACUGUGCGCGUGAAGAGGAGAUCGCUAACAACUUGGUAUUGAUACAACACGAUAUUGACAAUAGUCAAUGUGUCGCUAAAGAUAACCUACACAAGAUCGUACAACGUAUUGUUGACAAAGAACCACCUGAGCGUGCGGAAACUGAUGGUGGGCUAUAUGUUGGUGCGUCUGGUAUUUCUUAUGCAUUUAUGCGACUUGCCGAAUGUACCGCUUUGAAAGCCGAAAGCAGCAAAAAGUAUUUGUCACUGGCUGAAUAUUAUCUACGUUCAUCUUUAUCAAUGGUGCAACGUCGUGAAAGACGCUCCGGGACUGGCUUUCUUCUUGGUGAUUGGGGUAUUCUGGCAACGGGCGCAGUUCUUGCGGCCGCCCGAAAGGAUGAUGUAACAGCCAAUGAGUUGAUAAAAUGCUACAUAUCAACGGGAACACGUUGUAAAGAAGUAAACUUUCUGAAAUGUGGCUCGGACGAAUUUUUUGUAGGUCGUGCCGGUUUUUUAUAUGGUGCGCUGUGGUUGAAUCGCAUGAUGAAAAGAAUCGUUGUACCACUUGAUAUAAUGCACGAAAUCGCACAAACAAUUAUUGCUUCGGGUAAGACAUAUGUACGAGUGCAUAACAGUCCAUGUCCAUUGAUGUAUGCAUACUAUGGUACAGAAUAUCUAGGCGCGGCUCAUGGACUCUGUGCAAUCCUACAAAUCCUUAUACAGGUAUGUAGAAGAAAUUUAUACAGAUUUGAAUUAAUUAUUAAGAUAUAUGAAAAAUCAUGAAAAAAAUCAAUAAAUAAUGAUUUGUUUAUAUAAUGACAGGGAAUGGAAAGUUACUUUUUAAAACUAACUAGUUAUCAUUACUUGUUAUCGAGUUAAAAAAAUAACUAGUUACCGUUACUAGUUACUGAUUAAAAAUAACUCGUUACCAUUACUUAAAAAGUAAC